ACCAACUCCGUCUGACCAUCGCUAGUCCUCCCAAAAUAAAACAUUUUCCUUUUAUUUGUUGUGCAGGAGGACGCUUAUACAAAAAUUAUAAUAAAAUUGCGACUUGGCAAUGCGCUAUUCCUUUGAUAGCGCAGACUGGGGAUAGCCUCAUUCCAUUCACCCAAAAAAUGAGAAUGCAAAACCGAGAUUAGAAAAACAGCAAAAUUCAAAUUGCAAACAGAAAAGCAAAACAAAACAAAAAUAUUUAUUGGAGGAACAAUAUGGAGUUAUUUUAAGAGCCCUGAAAACACGCAACCUGAAUGACACAACAGUGAUAUAAUCGUAAUUUAAACUUAAAAACACUGGGGAGACCCGUACAAAUAGAAAAACCUUUAACCGCACUCACCUAAGCCUUUUGCCAAGAUGGCCGUGCAGCUGACACAGAGCUACCACCACUUACCCUUGACGAUCACCCCGAUCCUGGGAUCCAAGCCGGAUCACCAGCAGCAGCAGCACCUUCAGCAGCAACAGCAACAGCAGCACCUUCAGCAGCAACAGCAGCAGCAGCAACUUCAACAGCAGCAGCAGCAACAACAGCCCCAACUGCAGUUUUUGAACGAGCCCCAGUCGAAUCCACCGCCUAAUCCGCCACAGCCACAGCCCCCAGAUCUUACCUUUCACUGCAUGUGCUGCUCUGAGUUCUUUGUCCACCCAUUGGCCCUGUACCAGCACAUGAAUACCGUUCACCCGAACGAGGGGACAAACGUAGUUCAGGCGGAAAAGGAGCCAGGGGCGGAUGGGCAGGAGGACGAAGACUACAGCUGGAUAUUCGAACCGGUGUGCGAGCUAGCGGAAGACGGCAGCUCCUCCUCCUCCGAUGAUAAUGACAGCAGCGAUGAUGACAGCGACUCCUCGGAUGACUCUUCGGACGACGACAGCAGCAGCUCAGGUUCCAGCUCCAGCAACUCUAGCUCAUCCAGCAGUUCACGGCCCACCUCGAAUAGCAACUCAAACACCCAGCAGAGCCAGGAUUGGGUGCAGCCCAUGAGAGGACUAAUUCAAACCCCCAACCCCAAUGAGUUUCAACUGCAAACGGCAGAUCCGCGAGAGUCUACUUCGAUAAUCCUGCUGCAGCCUGAAAUGAGCACUCCAUCGAUGGGAGUUCCGGAAUCACUCAUACAAUCGCUGGGUGGUGGUUUCACUCUGGCACCCUCCGCUCCCAUCAAGCGAAGGCGAGGACGACGCAGCAAGGCCAAUGUCCCGCUCCUGGACUCUGCCACUGAUCCCGCUGCCCAGAAGUGCUUCCAGUGCUCGCAUUGCGAGGCCAGCUUCCCCAACGCCGGGGAUCUGUCCAAGCACGUGCGCUCCCACAUCACCAACAAACCGUUCCAGUGCUCCAUCUGCCAGAAGACGUUCACGCACAUCGGCAGCCUCAACACGCACAUUCGAAUCCACAGCGGCGAGAAGCCCUACAAGUGCGAGCUUUGCCCGAAAGCCUUUACCCAGUCAAGUAGCCUGAUGGUGCACAUGCGCUCCCACUCGGUUAAGAAGCCGCACCAGUGCCUGUUGUGUGACAAGGGCUUCGUCAACCAUAGUUCACUGCUGCUCCACCAGAAGACGCAUGCCGAGCCGACGGAGACGUUUGUCUGUCCGGAGUGCGAGCGGGAGUUCAAAGCGGAGGCGCUUCUGGACGAACAUAUGCGGAUGCACACCCAGGAGCUAGUCUAUCAGUGUGCCAUUUGCCGUGAGGCCUUCCGCGCCAGCUCCGAACUGGUUCAGCACAUGAAGAACCACCUGGGCGAGAAGCCGUUCACCUGCUCCUUGUGCGAUCGUUCCUUCACGCAGUCCGGCAGCCUCAACAUCCACAUGCGCAUCCACACCGGAGAGAAACCGUUUCAGUGCAAGCUGUGCGACAAAUGCUUCACUCAGGCCUCCAGUCUCAGUGUCCACAUGAAGAUCCAUGCCGGCGAGAAGCCAUACCCGUGCCCCAUCUGCGGAAAGUCGUACAGCCAACAGGCGUACCUCAACAAGCACAUCCAGGCCCAUCAGACUUCGGCUGCUAGGGCGCCUCCUCCAGAAAUCCCAACCAUGCCCCAACAGCCACGUGAGACGCUGGUUUGCAUUGUCUGUGGAUCGCUGCACGCGGAUGCCACGGCUCUGUCGCAACAUGUAAUCACCCAGCAUGCCGCCCUCCUGGACACAAUGAAGCAACAACCGCCUGAAGGUGGAUUCAUGAGCGGCGUACAGGAGCAGGAGGCCUACAUGCAGCGAGUCCAAACGGUGUUCCAGCAGAUGAAUCAGCAGCAACAACAGCAGCCCAGUCAGCAGCAGCAGCAGCAAGUCGCUCCAGUCCAGCCAGCCAUUGACUCCACGGGCGAGGAUGAGGAGGAACCGGAGGACGAAGGCGAUGAUCGGGAAACCCCCGAGGAAGAUGGGGAAGACGAGGAGGAGCUAGAGGAGGAAGAGAAGCCCAUGAGCGACGACUUGGAGCCAUUUCUCGGAGUGCAGGAGGAGGCGAUUCUGAUGGACUCCGACAUCUACUACGACGACUUUGCCGACAUGGACGUGGGCUGUCAGGAGGAAGUGUGCGGCGAUUAUGUUCUAAACGAGGAGGAAGUUUGCACCGAAGAGCUCAUCUAGACUUAAGCACCUAGUUCUGCCAUAUUUCACCAGAGCAUCUCAUUUAGACUCUUUUUAAGGGCAAGACGGUUCUCCUUUGGAGAAGGGUCUAGCUGGCCAUGCCUUACUAUUUUUCAAGUAUUAUUCUUGGUUGCUACUACCCUUUUUUUUAACCAGUUAUUCGGAAUUUUUCCAAUUCUCUCAAAGUUCAGUUACUUAAAGUUUACACAAUUAUUUAAUAAGACAAUAUUAUGUACGGAUCGGGGUAUGGGAAGUGUACGCCAGGUCCAUGUGUGUCCAACAGAAUACUUACGCCAGUUCACAAAAAUAAGAGUAAUUGCUAAGUAAGAUAAGUCGGUACUUAGGGAGUGUCCCUGAAAUCUGUUCUACAGUUUGCAGUCUCCUCUCUCAUAUCACACAAAUCUCACUCGAACAUGAAACAUGAAAUCAUUAAUUAUUAAUUAUCUUUCAAAGGUAUUACAUUUUUUUUAAUCUUAAGAACAUUACACUGCUCACUUUAGGUCCCCAUUGGACAUUCCCCUAACCCGUAUUGGAAACCAACUUGUUUCUACAAUUCCAAUUGCGUAUUCCCAAAACCGCCUGAAGAGAUUACAUUAAUCGUUAUU